GGGGCCUUCCGGUAGAAGGGCGCAUGGGAGAGGAAGGCCACCACUCGGGACUUUUCCUCCUUGCUGCCCCAGAAAUGUCUUCCCUUUCAGAAUAUGCCUUGCGCAUGACUCGUCUGAGUGCCCGGCUAUUUGGUGAAGUUGCCAGGCCUACUGAUUCCAAGUCCAUGAAAGUGGUGAAGCUGUUUAGUGAGCAGCCUUUGGCCAAGAGGAAGGAGACAUAUGACUGGUAUGCAAAUCACAACACUUAUUUUGCGCUCAUGGGGAUACUGCGUUUCUAUGGCCUCUACAGAGACGAGCAUCAGGACUUCAUGGAUGAGCAGAGACGUCUGAAGAAACUUCGUGGAAAGGGGAAACCAAGGAAAGGAGAGGGAAAAAGAGCAGGAAAAAGAAAUAGUGUUUUUCAGUGCAGAGAGAAACGUCCUCCUCUGCAACUGAGAGCAGAAGCAAGAGUAUUUAUUCUCUUUCCCUAUGUUGGAUGACUGUAGCUUCCUAAGCUAAGAGGAACACAAAUGCUCCAUGUUGAAGUCUGAUCCAGUUAAAGUGUGACUGGUUUCUUGAACACAUUCUAAUUCUGCAAAGUUAUUUUGGCCUUGGUUUUGUAAUCUGAGGUUUACCUCAUUCCUUAAAGAAAUGAAUGCAAUCCAGCCAGUGUGGCUCAGUGGUUGAGCAUUGACCCAGGAGCCGAGAAGUCAUUGAUUGGAUUCCUGGGGGUAGGCUCAAUCCCCAGUGGAGGGCAUGCAGGAGGCAGCAGAUUAAUAAUGUUGUUCUCUCAUGUUUCUCUCCCUCUCCUUUCCUUUCUCUAAAAACCAAUAAAAAC